AUGUCGGCAUUCUCCAGACUCACUUUCUGUGUGAUCAUCUACGGCCUCGUCUUCGCCCUAUGCUUCUGUACGUCCGUCAGAUCGGAGCAUGAUGAGUCUUCCGCUAUCCGAUUACCAAGCGAGGGUGACAACGCCGGCGGAGGCGAUGAUCUCUGCUCCGGUACGGUGACUCACGCCGCUUGCCCCGUCAAAUGCUUCAGGACCGACCCCGUUUGUGGGGUGGACGGGGUGACCUACUGGUGCGGCUGCGCCGAUGCCCUAUGCGCCGGCACGCGUGUUGCCAAGAGAGGUUUCUGUGACGUCAGUGGUGGAGGAAGCGCUUUGCUCUCCGGUCAGGCAUUCCUCUUGGUCCAUAUUGUCUGGCUCUUAUUGCUUGGCUUCUCUGUCUUGUUCGGCCUUCUCUGA